AUGACGUCAAUAUCGUCACCAUUAACGUUACGCAUGGAAUUCCAACAACAAUUUCGACUGUUCGAGUCAUUUCCAGAUCCACUACUACUUCGAUUAGGAUCGUAUCCUGCUUCACUCAUGGAACUACAGGACGUGAUUCAGGACCACUUGAGAGAAUAUUUAACAGCAAGAAACGAUGUUGAACCGCAAUUUAUGACGACAAAGUUUGACAUGAGAGUCGAAGUUUACGACCAAAAACAACAACAAUUUGUACUACUUGAGGACCUCUCGCAGCUUGGACGUCGUGCAAGAUUGAGUCUAUCUCUUACUAACCUUGACAAGGUGUUUCAGGGUUCUACUUGUCUAGCACUACCAUCAAAAGUGUUUGGAUAUGACUUGACUGCAAGUGACAAGUUUAUGAUUCAUGGAAGGAUGGUGUAUAUUGAAGAGGUGGGGAAUUCAGGUCAAGGCACGGGAUUGACAACGUGGGAUGGAUCAGUCAUAUUAGCCAAGUAUCUAGAACACCAACGUCAUCAUGAGAUUGCUGGAACACGAGUGGUGGAGUUGGGUGCUGGCACAGGACUUGUAGGAAUCUCAGCUGCAUUACUUGGAGCACAAGAGGUACUUCUUACUGAUCUUGACUAUGUGGUUGAGAAUCUUGCAAAGAAUGUUGCAGAGACAAUGAAACUUGCUGCGAACGCUGGUCAACAUCUUAACUGUCACCUCUCGACUCGUGUAUUGGACUGGUUUAAUCCACCAACGGACUUGGGAGACAUUGACUUUGUGUUAGCAUCGGACGUUGUAUGGGUUGAAGAACUCAUUCAACCGCUCGUAGCAACGUUCGACACACUGGUACGUCAUUCAGCUACCAAGACACAGAUCCUCAUGUCGUAUCAGAAGCGCAGUAUUGUAUCGGACCAACUGCUAUGUAGUGAAUUGAAGCGCUAUCAUUUUGUGAAGACGCGUGUUCCAACAAGAGAUUUGCAUCCAAAAUUCUCUACCGAACGGAUUGAUGUGUGGGAAAUCAAGCGAGAGACAACGUCGAGCAACGCAACGAGAAGGUGA